ACCUUCCUGCGCACGAUCCAGGUACUUCCCAGUCUAGAAGAACAUCAUACUUGGUUCCUGGCCACCUCCAGUCUCGUGCAACAUUUGAUUGCAUCCGAUCGUUCACUCCUUUUUGACAUUUACAAUUUACAUACGACUGUCAUUCACUUUUAUCCGUCGUCUCAACUUCGCCCUGCUGGUAACAGAGAGUCCCUUCAACCUUCUUUCACACGACCUUCAUCGAUACCUGAACUCCAUUUGACCAGUCCUCAACCAUGGCUUACAACAGAAUCUCCUCAUUCGGCUCCAAUGAUAGUGGGUACGACAGCGGCAUCAUCGAGAUCUUCGACGAGCCUACUCAACAGCUCAUGAAGACCUCAGACCACACCAAGGAAGUUGCAAGGCAUCGACAGCACCUCAUCGCUUCAGAACUCUCCAGAAGAGAUGCCGAAGAAUACCAACAAGACAUGCUCGAGCAUAUGUUGAAGAUGGACCUUGAGACCAUGCCCGAUGUUGAUGCAAUUGACAUCCAAACAGAAAUUGCAUGGUACAUGAGACCGUACCUCCUUGACUUCCUCGUGGAAGCCCACUCGGCUUUUCAACUUAUACCUGAAACACUAUUCCUCACCAUCAACCUCCUCGAUCGAUACUGCUCCAAGAGAGUCGUGUACAAGCGACACUACCAACUCGUUGGUUGUGCAGCACUGCUCAUCGCUGCCAAAUACGGAGACAAGAAAGAGAAGGUCCCCACAAUUAAAGAACUGAAGUCCAUGUGCUGUUCCCUCUACGAUGAUGAUAUGUUCCUGCAGAUGGAAUGGCACGUGCUGUCGACCCUAGGCUGGGCUAUCGGCCAUCCUACUGUGGACUCCUUCAUGCGUCUGGCUAUCAAGGACAAUGUCUACGACUCCGAGGCUGAGAGCAUGACCUUGUACAUUUUAGAAAUUGCUCUCUACCACAGAGACUUCGUGGCAAAGCGAUCUUCGACUCUCGCCCUUUCGGCGCUCGCGCUUGCCAGACAUAUCUUGGGACGACCUCAGGCCCGUGCCAAUGAGUUUGCUGCACAAUUUUGCAGCACUACCGUGAUGGAACUACUACAGCAGAUCCAUGAGCCGUCUCUCAUUAUGUCGCGCAAAUACGCCUCGGUCCGCUUCAAUGGUGUAUCUCGGAUCCUGACAAACUUCCUCGCUCAAAAGGCCGCCAUCGCUGCCCGGACCAGCACGCCAUUAACUCCAACCUACGAGCUCACUCCACCAUCAGUAACUGUGAAGCCAGCGGGUUCCGAAUACUUCCAGAGCUAUGCCACUCCUCAGAAGCCUCAGUUCCCAUCCAUGGUUCAACACGGUCUUUAUACUCCUCCCAUCACUCCAGAAGGCGACAUGUUUGGCGUAACCCAGAAGACCUUUGGUGCUGCGCCCAACCACUUCGCUCCUCCCACGCCUAGCCCCGGUGCAGUCGCUGGUCAGCAAUACAUGACUCAAUAUUCUCACUCUCACGAAUGGGCUAGUGAGACCUACUAAGUCCUAUCAUCUGAGAAUUAGUCAUAGCCAACUAGAAUGACCAUUAUGCCACCACCAUCAUGUUCUGUCAACACUAGAGUGUUCUAUUUGUGCACCACCAUCUGUGAGAAUUUGUUGUUUCAAGCGUUCAUCGGACAGUAUGCU